UUCAAAACAACCAGCUGGAGGACCAACAUGGCUGCGCCCUGAGCGUUGAUCGUUACCUAUAGAGGACCCGUUGCUGGGACUGGUGAUCUGCUCGGUCCACCGUGAAUGGAGCAUGGACGUUCACUGCACGGUGCGGAAUAGUCUUCUAUCAGCCUGCUGAAGACCAGACUGCAGGGAGCCACGUGAUGUGGUGACGUCAGCAGGUCCUUGCCGGGUCUAGUGUUUAGCCGUUAUUCUGGCCUGAGGGACAUGUCGCGUGUUGAUCAGCCCGAUCUCCAGGCCACGAUUUCCCAGUAGAUGAAGGCUGCCCUCCCCCUCCGCCAUGCAGGGCAUUCUGCUGGUCGUCAGCGGCCUGGGCUGGGUCCUGGACCUGCUGCUGCUGGUGCUGGACCUGAAUUACUGGCUGGUAUCCUUCCUGUUGUCUUCUCUCUUCUGGACCAUUCAUUUCAUCCUCCACCUGCCAGGAACCAUAACCCUCGGCCUAUUAAGUUGUUGGGACAAUGCCCUUAUGACCCUGGCCCUGCUGGGCGAGACGUGUGGCAAUGCGGUCCUCGCCUCCGUGCACGCGCUGGGCGAUGGCGUGCGAGGACUUCUGUCAGGACUGAAUAGUCUGCAGCUUUUAUGGAACCUGAUGUGCCACCUGCUGGGCGAGACGUGUGGCAAUGCGGUCCUCGCCUCCGUGCACGCGCUGGGCGAUGGCGUGCGAGGACUUCUGUCAGGACUGGAUAGUCUGCAGCUUUUAUGGAACCUGAUGUGCCACCUGCUGCUGCGGAGCAAGGAGAUGAUGCAGCGCGGCCUCCUUAACAUCGCCCUGUCCGGGCAGAACUUUCACCGCCAGGUUUGGGAGACCCUGGGCAUAGCGGGCGGCUUGGUGGCGUACAUCGUGAACAGCCUGGUGAACCUGUGUCUUAUCGGGGUGCAGAACCUCUUCCAUGCCGCCCUAGGCCUGUGGUUCACGAUGGUCAACUUGAUCUUCGUGGGGAAAGAUUUGGUUGUGGCGUUGUUGUCCCAGAUUUCCAGCACUGCGGUGGCGGCCGUCAUCCUGUUCUGGACGCCGUUCCAGUUAGCGGUGGACUUGCUGGUGUCCUGCAGCUCCGGCAUCGGGGUAAUCCUCUUCAGGCACCUUUACGAAGUUCUCCUGCUGCUCUUCUUCAUUUCUGUCUCCCGCAUGGUCCUCCGCCCAUCACCGGAAUUACGUUCGUUCCAAGAAAGACUAGGCCGGCUCGGCCAUGUUGUCCAGAGACUGAUGCAUAACCUACUAAGCGCAGAGGUUUGGAGGAGGGCUGCUGCCUGGUGUCUGCAGCUUGUCAGAAUGUACCGAGCCGCAUGGGACAGAGACCAGAACCUGGCGAGGACUAGAGCGCAGGGUACGCCAGUAAGGGUGCCAGGUCCUGCGGGGGCUAGGCAGGCACACAAUCCAGUACCCGCGCGGGCACGCCAUCCACCACCCGCCCCAGUGCAGCAUGCCACAGCUCAGAAUGCAGUGCCUCAAGUUCCACCACCCUACGCAUCGACCUCCCGCGAGACGGAAACCGCCGCAGAAAACCCCUGGAAGCUGCUGAAACAGCAAGAAGAGAGCAAGAAAUGCGUAAUCUGCCAGGAUGAAAAUAAAAGCGUCCUCCUGCUGCCCUGCCGCCAUCUUUGCCUGUGCGCGCAAUGCACUGAGAUCCUCCUGCAGCAGCCGAUACUUCAGCGGAACUGCCCGCUCUGCCGGAAAAUGAUUCUGCAAACGCUGACCGUUUACAUGUGAAGACGAGCCGGACUGGAUUUCCAGGGGUCUGCGGAGGAUUGAAAGACGCCCCGGAUUUAGUAUUUUUUUUUUUUUUAAACAUUUGUCGGACGCUGGGUCAUCCUUUUUAAGAAUAGAGAGAAAAAAUUAUUUUUCUACUCCUUGUAAAGGUCCACGUGUCUGCGAAGCUGUGAAAGGGAUUGUGAAUGUUGCUGCGUUGUUUCCACGUUGCCACGUUUGGCUGCAGUGAAUAGAAGCAUUCCACGCGUUUUAAGCAUAAUGUGCCGCCUAUUGACUGUGACGAGGUUUAUUUCAAGCUUACUUUCCUUGUUCUGCCACACGCCUCGGUAUAAGGGCUCGUCCACACGAACGUGCCGUGUUUUGCGGUCCGCAAAACGCGGAUGCCGCCCGUGUGCCUUCCGCAAUUUGCGGAACGGACUGCCCAUUAUAGAAAUGACUAUU